AUGAUACCGGAUAUUGUUGCUGAAUAUACCGGGUUGCCUUUGCUCCACCAUAUUUGCAUCCGGGUCACCCUGAAUAUAUCUAUGGAGUUAAUUUUGCUUAAGGGGAUCUGGUGCACUCUCUCAAACAUCUCAAGGAAGUGUGAUAGACUUGAAGACUCAGCUGAGUUAUUUAAGAAAGGUGUUCUUCUACAUGUUGAUCAUCAACAAUUUGUUGAUAUUGUCAUUGGAAACUUCACAAAUGUCAUCAAAGAAAUUUAUGACCUAGGUGGAAGGAAAUUUGGGUUUGUUAAUGUAGGCCCUAGGGGCCCUAUAGGAUGCUCUCCAAGCAUAAGAAUAUUGGUAAAGAAUGGAAGAAAAGAUGAAUGCUUAGAAGAAAUUUCAGAAGUGGCAAGACUACACAAUAAGAAACUCACGAAAAUGGUUCAGAAGCUAGAGAAUGAGCUAAAGGGAUUCAAAUAUUCUAUCACUGAUUUCUACAGUGCACUUUCUCAAGUAUUGAAAUACCCUUCAAAAUAUGGGUUCAAAGAAGCAAGUAGAGCAUGUUGUGGAAGUGGCCCUUAUGAGAAGACAGCUAACCAGUAUUUUGCCAAAUUGAUUUGGAAUGGAAAUGGAAAUGGAAAUGUCACAAGGCCUUACAAUCUAAAACAACUAUUUGAAAUUUGA